CCUAGAUUUGUGAUAUAAUAAAAUGGCAGAGAGCUCAUAGAGGGGAAAAAAAAAAGAAGAAGAAAAACUUGGAAAACAAUGGCGUUUACAGGGACUCUAGACAAAUGCAAGGCGUGUGACAAGACGGUAUACGUUAUGGACUUGAUGACAUUGGAAGGAAUGCCUUAUCACAAGUCAUGCUUCAGGUGCAGCCAUUGCAAUGGCACCCUCGUGAUAUGUAACUAUUCAUCCAUGGAUGGAGUUUUGUAUUGCAAGACCCAUUUUGAACAGCUCUUCAAGGAAUCUGGAAACUUCAGCAAGAAUUUUCAAACAGCAGGAAAGACCGAAAAAUCGAAUGAAACGUCGAGGGCUCCAAACAGGUUAUCUUCCUUCUUUAGCGGAACACAAGACAAAUGUGCAGCUUGUAAGAAAACAGUCUACCCUCUGGAGAAGAUGACAAUGGAAGGAGAGUCUUACCACAAGACUUGCUUCAGAUGUGCACACAGUGGUUGUCCAUUAACACACUCUUCAUAUGCUGCUCUCGAUGGCAUCCUUUACUGCAAAGUCCACUUCAGCCAGCUUUUCCUCGAGAAAGGUAACUACAGUCAUGUCCUCCAAGCCGCAGCUAACCACCGUCGCUCGGGGGCUGAGGAAGACAAAGCCGAACCCAAAGACGAAGAUGAAGCUAAUAACCCCACAGAAGAAGAAACUUCUGAUGCAGCUGCAGGUGAAGAACAUGAGUCCUCGUAAGUUAACCCGGGACUAGGGAGAGUUCCUUUGUGAAAUACAUAAUCAUUAAAUUGAUAAAAAGAGCCAACGUUUUCUUAAGUAAAGCAAUGAAGUAGAUGCAAAUUCUGUUUUUGUUCCUUUCUUUAUGGAACUGCAUAUUUUAUUCUGUAUUUGUAAAGUAUAUUUUAUUCAAGUUUACAAGUAAAUGUUUUAGAUGCAA